GACACUCUCUCACUGACUUUUACUCCAACCAGCCCAUGGCAAACUCUCACCAAAUGCCUCCGAAUCUUUGCCCAAUCAUCUUCCUUUUCUUCUUCGCCAUCUUGGUCCUGGCCUCAGGGGUCCGAGCCGUAGGCGUGAACUGGGGCACCGCCGCCUCGCACCCUCUCCCACCGCCCGAGGUGGUGGAGCUCUUGAAGUCCAAUAACAUCACCAAAGUGAAGCUCUUUGAUGCCGACCCACUUGUUCUCCAAGCGCUCUCCGGGUCCAACAUCGGCGUCAUUGUGGGCAUUCCAAAUAGUAUGCUCAGAAGCUUGAACUCUUCCAAAAAGGCUGCUGAGAGUUGGGUACACGAUAAUGUCACCCGCUACUUCUCCAAUGGAGGCAGUGGAGUUCGAAUUGAGUAUGUUGCUGUUGGAGAUGAGCCAUUUCUCCAAAGUUACGGUGAGCAGUUCCAUCCCUUUGUAAUUGGAGCAGCCACAAAAAUCCAGGAAGCUUUGAUCAGAGCAAACUUGGAAAGUAAAUUGAAGGUUGUAGUCCCUUGCAGUUACGAUACCUUCCAGUCAGAAUCCAGCCUGCCCUCAAAAGGACACUUCAGGUCUGACCUCAACAAAACCAUGAUCCAACUCCUCACAUUUCUUAGCAAGCAUAGCUCACCAUUCUUUGUGAGCAUCUCUCCAUUUAUAACUCUCCACCAAAACAAGAACAUUUCCCUCAACUUUUCUCUCUUCAAAGAAACUGCUCACCCUCAUAAUGACAGCCACAGAACAUACAAAAACAGCUUUGACUUGAGCUAUGAUACCGUAGUUAGUGCAUUAUCAACAGUAGGAUUUCCCAACAUGGAUAUUGUUGUGGCACAGAUUGGUUGGCCUACGGAUGGAGCAACCAAUGCGACCCCAUCCGUUGCAGAGACCUUCAUGAAAGGCCUGAUGAACCAUCUUCAUAGCAAAUUGGGUACCCCACUUAGGCCUCGGAAUCCACCAAUUGAAACAUACAUAUUUAGCCUUUUAGAUGAGGACCAAAGAAGCAUAACCGCUGGAAAUUUUGAGAGACAUUGGGGUAUUUUUACUUUUGAUGGCCAAGCCAAGUAUCCAGUUGAUUUUGGCUUGGGUUCAAAAAACCUUGUGAAUGCUCAAAAUGUGGAGUAUCUUCCAUCCAAGUGGUGCGUUGUGAACAAUAAUAAAGACUUGUCUAAUGCAACGGCACGUGCGUUAGAAGCAUGUUCGGUUGCUGAUUGCACAGCUCUCUCCCCUGGUGGGUCUUGUUCUAAUAUUAGCUGGCCCGGGAAUAUAUCAUAUGCGUUUAAUAGCUAUUAUCAGCAGCAUGAUCAAAGGGCAGACAGCUGUGAUUUUGGAAGUUUGGGUUUAAUCACAACUGUUGAUCCAUCGGUUGAUCAUUGCAGAUUUUCAGUUGAACUUCGCACUUCACAAUCAGAUUCACUUCAUGGGUCCUUUUUUUUCCACUGGACAACCUGGCUAAUAGCUACUUCAGUAUUUUUGCUCAGAUUUACAUAGUCACUAGAUAUCUGGGGGGAAUUUUUGCUGCUCUCUGUCUCCUCAGAUAUAAUGUUGUGGUCACUUGUCAUUGGACAAGGUUAUGCUUAUUCCUAAGAUUUCUUCUGUGACUUCAGGGUCCAUUCAUGUUUCCUGAUUGUUCAUCUCAAACUUUUGUGAUCGACAAAUUGUUCCUAGUUAGAAUGAGAUAGCUGUUUCUUGAAAUUUAGAAUCAUGGUCUUUGAUGAUUGGCCAUAGACAUGUCUCCUUUUUAUGCCAUUCAAACUGAAGCACGCAUUCAUGCUCUUCAAAACUAGUGGAACCCUGAUAUGACUAGUAGAUUAAGAACACAUUAUUGAAGGCAUUUAUAUGAUCACUGCAGAUGUAGUUGAAGAUGGCG